UUUAGCCUGCUGAUCCACACUGUUGCCCAGACUGAGAGCACCUGAUAACCCCAGCAUGAAAUUCCUCCACCUCACCAGUCUCCUGUAUAUCCUGCUCCUGUGUUUGUUGGCCUUCUCUACAGAAGGUGCAAGACGCAAUAAACCUCGGAAAGGUCUUUGCUGCCAUGAUGCUCGAAACCAUGCAUUCAAAAGUUUGAAAGGAAAAAAUCCAAAAAUGUGGCUACGCCACAAGUUCUGUAAAGGCAAAAUCAUUUCUCCUUGUAAGAAGAUCCCUGGGGCACUUCCUCAGUUAUAACAAACCAGAACAGGAAACCACGGAGAAACAAAGACCAAGAGCCCUUCUCUGAUCUCCAAGUUUACUACACUCACUGCUUUUUGGUUUCAAACUAAAGCUCCUCACCAUUUGAAGGAGAUUCAUUCUUCUCCAAAGCUGCAUCAUGCUGAUGAUCCAUUGCAUCCAGCUCACUAAAGGACAAACACUCUUCUUUGUCAUUGAAUCUUUCAGACUCAACCACUCUUUGGCCAGUUGUGUUAUUUAUUCUUCCCAGUCUUGAGACUGGAAGCUCCUCUAGCUGUCUGUGCCAAGGAGACCUAGAUCACAUUAUCUCUAACAUCGACACUUAACUGAUCCUGCCCUUCUGUUCUUUAAAUUGUAGUUUGUUAUAGUAUUGUAACUAAUGAAUGAAUCACAGGUUUAAAACUCCUGAGUGGUUCUUAUGUGCUAAAUCCCCAAAGAACAAGUCCAAAGGGUUCCAUUACAGGGUAUGUGCCAUAAGACAGGAUUAGCACUCAGCUUAUAACUAGCCAUGUUUGAUUUGACUUCCAAUAUACCCAGUUGUGUAAUUUGGGGGCUGACUGAGAUCCUGGGAAGGAGACAGAAGUUGUGUAGUACAGUGGAAUAAAGUUCUGUGUUUAGCACUUUGCCACUAACUAGAUGUAUGGUGUUGGAUUGGCCACUUGGGUUUCAUCUAUAAAAUGAAGGAUUCUGACUUGGUCUUUUGGGUCUCAUUCAUCCCUGAGGAUUAUUGAUUUCAAGUCUCAAAGACAUAAUUUAAAAAUCCUGAGAUUUCAAGGCGCUUAAAAAAUCAUUUACUUUUAUCCAAAGGAAAGACUUCUUGGGAAGAGAAUUCCAGUUUUUUUCAUAUAUUUCAAUAGCUAAUUGCUUCAGUGUAAACUCCAUCUUUAUGUCUCACUAUAUCUUUGAACAAUAAAGAUGUUUUCCAGUCAAUAA